AUUGCGAGGUUCGACACUGACGCCAGUGGAGAAGAGUCGACAAGCGACCAAGACCACCAGUCCCUCACCUCCUAUCUUGCCCUAUCCUCCCCUCCACGAGCAGACCCGAUGAGCAUGGAUGACAACGAACAGCAGCGGCUGUCUGCUCUGGAGACUAGCAUACAGAACAUCGAGGCCGUACUCACCUGCCUCAUCUCUCAACAACAACAACCCCCUGCCCCUGCUCCAGCUCCGGCAGCGGGUCCAGGUGUUUCUACUGGCACCAGCCCUGCGCGCCCCCUUAUCCGUCCAAAUCCUCCCUUCUCCUUCGAUGGGGAUCGCACCCUGGGCAAGAGCUUCUUGCACUCAGUGAAGCAGUACAGGUGUCUGCUUCCUGAGGCGUUCUUUGUGAAUGGGGCAGUCUCGGAAGGAAAGGUAGUCCGCUUCGCCCUGUCCUACAUGUCCAAGGACUCCGCAGCCUCCUGGUCCGAGCGCAUGUCCGAGCGCACCCCAUUCCCGUUCCCUACUUGGGCUCUCCUUGUCACCGAGUUCAAGCUCCGAUUCGUCGAGGAGAAUGAGCAAGACCACGCCCUGGCGCGACUGGAGACCCAUCUGUAUUAUAUGGGCUCCCGUGACGUGUUCAAGUACACGGACAAAUACGACGACCUCCUUGAUCUCGCCGGCUAUACCGUGAUCUGGUCAAGCAACCCUCCCAGGCUUACUGACUACGCCGAGUGGCGUGUCCGCGCGUUCCGGCAGUACAACGCGGAACAGGCUGCCAAGGCGUCUCGAGGCCACGUCCCUCCCCCCCGAGCGCCUCCUAUUGUUCCUCGUCCUCGUGCCCCGGUGCUCCCUGCUGUAGCACUGGCAAUCGCUGCUCGCCCGGCACCGGCUCCUGUUGCCCACCCCAUCCCCAUGGAGUUGGAUCGGACCCGGCUCCACGGUGAUGUUCGUCACACCUGCUUCCACUGUGGCAGUCCAGGCCAUCUUGCCCGUGACUGCCCCACCCCAGCUGAUAUCCGUCACACCGAUGUCCUUGAUGAGGUCAUCAACCAGCUGGGAAGUGAGUUGCUCUCCAAGUUGGUUGCCCGGGUCACAACCACUGCAGCCGUUGUGGAUCAUGCGUCCAACGUUGCAGCCGAGGAGCAGCAGGGUUUUCUCUCCAGCAACAAGUGA